UACCUACUUGGCAGACACUGAGUGAACGAGAGCCGUCGCUGCUGUGCACUUUAUUUUAUUGAAGCGGCAUAUUUCGACUACCAAACAUCACUUUCGCUUACUCAUGUUGCUUCAUCGCCGCGCUUCAACAUGACGCGCCGCAAGUUCAAUGGCGAUUUGGCUCAGGCCUCCAAUGAGCAAGUUGAGCAUAUUUCGGGUCUUCGGAAGGGAGAUGACGAUGGUGAACUCACCUUCGUCCUUUCCCAUGAUGCUCUGCCGUCUCCCCUCAAUAUUUGCCUCACUGCCCUGAACGUGGACGAUUACCCACAUGGCUCUGGCUUUGUGGCAUACACCAAGGAGGAAUCUGUCCCGAUUGUGGUUUCCAAGGUCCUUGACAACAUUUCCAACUUGACUCAGGGCAAACCCAUACUCAACACACUGGUGAUGAUAUCAAAGAAGCUGAGCGCAAGUCUUGACUCGGCGAACGACGACGAAGACGAAGACAUCGAAAUGACGGAUAUUGAAGACGACGAAAAGUACGACGAGGACGAAGACGAGAAUGAGGAUUACGAAUAUGACGACACUGACUUUGGUCUUGAUUUCGGAGGUGCUCCUGCUCCGCAAGCAUCCAACACUCCCAGCCAUUCAGCCAAAUAUCCUCGCCGCCUGAUCGACGAUCUUCAGAAAGCCAAAGACGCUGGCUUCAAGAUCUCCCUACUGAGCGACGCUGCCACGCACGAGAAAAGCUGCAUCUUCGCUCUUUCCCUCCUUGUCGAACAUCUAGGAAUCAGCGAGGACACGCUAGAGGCCUGGGAGAUCAGCGCUUCAGACUACAUCGUGUUACUAUACAAGUACGAUGUAAGCUAUCCUUGCAUGGAAUCGUUCCUGAGGCUUCCGCCAGGUCACUCAGAAUCAAUGCAGUUCCGAUUGGGAAAGUGCGCUUCCUUCAAGCCUACUCUUAACUCGGCUCUCAUUCCAUUCCAAAAGAAUCUCGACACUGCCAAGAAGCGCUCAGAGGAAAACGGUGUGCCGAGCAAGAACUCUCUCGAUGCGCCGUUUUGCUCAAUGCCCAUCUCGGAAUCGCUGGAUAUCUUCCUGAGCAAGGAGUUUACCAAGCUGCUGAAGACUCGAUUGGAUUUCGGCGUCUCUUGGGAUCGCGCAAAGGAGAUGAUGGAGGAGAUGACAAAAGAAGGACACUACCGCGUCGUCAACUCUACACAAAACAGUUCCUAUCAGAACCAAGUCCCCGCUUCCGACAGCCUGACUGACAACGAAGCCCAAGUCUCGACGGCAGCUCGCAAGCCACUCAACAAGGACUUCGUACGACACAACCCCGAAGAUUUCGGACCAUCGCCGCGCGAAGAACUCAGCAUGCCUCUCAUUGCAAUGCAGUUCGCUCUGCGUUACUUUGUCAGAAGCACGCAGUACUGCCUGGUUUGCCACCGCAAGACUGAACCUGGAUUUACUGCUCUCAAGCCGUAUGUCUGUAACGAUCCUCUCUGUCUCUUCCAGUACAUGGCCUUAGGUAUGGGUCCCAGUAUCGAGCACGACAUCAUCAACCGUCCCUAUGUCGUUGAUCUAUUGGUCAGCUUCUGCGCUGCUGCUUUGACAAGCGGCCGUAUUCGAGAAUGGCCGCGGGGCCUGUCUAUCAAAGUUCCUGUCCCAAGCCAAGUGAUCACGCCAGGGCGUUACGCACCAGGAAAUACCAUGUCAACGAUGAACGCACUCCAACCAGCGAUUGCGCAAACCCCGAUCCAGCCCCCGAUCCAGUCCCAGAUGGUUGGCUCCGCAAUCCUAGUCUGGGCCCAAAUUUCAGCCGGAAACUUCAACGUGCGCUCCUCACAGAGACUGGAGGGAGUGCGACCGGGAGAUAUGGUCAUCUUGGUCAAACAUGUUCGGGGCCGCGAUGGGAAAGAUACAAACAUGCACCAUUGCCGCAUUAAGUCGGCCAACGCCAUCUGUGACGAUGACGGCAACGACUGUGGCAAAUCGUUCAAGUUUGAUCGUCUCAUCUCAACCGACAAACCAACGCAAAAUGCAGGCAUUCAACAGACCUUUGAGUCACAGUUCAACUCCGAAUACAUCAUCGAUGAUGAGGUGGGCGAUGCUGAGCUGUAUCUCUACGAUCAUGAUCUCGACGAUCUGGACGAAGCGUAUCAGAGGGAGGCAUUGUUGAUUCUCGUGCAGACAAUCCCCCCCAUAAGAUACCUGCGAGAAUUUCUUCUUGACCACCGAGGUUGGUCUCUGGCGAAAUACGAAAUAAUGUCUAAGUCGUCUCUGGCUUUACUCCGAUGGAUUGUGGCUUCCAACCGCUCGCUCAUUGUACAGAUCGACCAGCCGGUAGACCUCGACAUUGGCGGAAUCAAAGCGACCGAGGAACGGCAGAAGGAACGCUUCGUCGGACUUGGUGACGAUUGGAUGCAGUUCCGCUUUGCCCAAGGAUCACCCGAGAAGGAGAAUCGCUUCAAACAGGAGCUUGAAAAGGAGGCGAGUCGAAAAUACCCGACGAUGUUUGCGUGGCACGGUAGCCCUCUCGGAAAUUGGCAUAGCAUCAUCAGGACAGGCUUGAACUUCAAAGAAAUGCUCCAUGGACGCGCUUUUGGACAUGGAGUGUACUUCGCCCGCGACUUUCCAACAAGCUUGAGCUACUGCUCGAGACAGGCCAACCGGACGUCAUGGGUGGGCUCGGAACUCAAGCUGUACGCCGCUAUGAGUCUCUGCGAAAUCAUCAACCGUCCGGAAAGGUUCAGAUCGAUCAACCCGUACUAUGUGGUCGAUGAAGUCGAUUGGAUCCAAUGUCGCUAUCUUAUCAUCCAACGGAACCAAUCAGUCAAGAAGGAAGACAAACCCGAGACCGAGCCGGAAUACAUCCCACAAGAUCCCAUGUGGCGGCCUGUGGGACUUGGCAACAUUCGGUUGGAGAUUCCAGCUGCAGCACUGCCAAAGUGGCGCCAGAAAUCCACUGUUCCAGGGUCCUCGCGGUCUCAGCCGAUUAUCCUCGUAGAUGAUUCAGGUGAAGACCAGCCAGAUGACUUUGACAAGAUCUUGAACCUUACAAAGGGCAAAGAGGACGAUGGCGAGGAAACUGCUGAGCCAGAGAACGAUCCAAACAAGACGCCCUUCACGCCGGGUACACUUGACAUGAACACACUGCCUCAGCUCCCAGCCCCGAGCUGGGCUUCGGACGCAGGACGAAAGGUCCUCGGCAAAGAGCUCAGCAAGUUGCAGAAGGUGCAGGUUACAACACCUCUUCAUCAGCUUGGCUGGCACAUCGAUUUCGACAACAUUACGAACAUGUUCCAGUGGAUUGUUGAGCUGCACAGCUUUGAAAAGUCCCUGCCUCUGGCGCAAGACAUGGAGCGCGCAGGCGUCAGCAGCAUCGUCCUCGAGAUUCGAUUUGGUCGCCAGUUCCCUCACUCACCUCCGUUCGUCCGCGUCAUUCGCCCUCGAUUCUUGUCAUUCUCGCAAAGAGGCGGCGGUCACGUCACGGCUGGCGGUGCCAUGUGCAUGCAGCUUCUGACCAACAGCGGUUGGAGUGUUGCCAGCAGUAUGGAAGGUGUUCUGCUCCAGGUUCGCAUGGCCAUAUGCAAUCUCGAGCCCUUUCCGGCAAGACUUGAGCGCCAGGGUACAGGCCAACUUACUGGAGGAGAAGGUGACUAUGGUGUUUCGGAGGCCAUUGAGGCGUACAAGCGUUCUGCCUAUGCCCAUGGUUGGCAGGUGCCUCCCGAUCUGCAUUCGACAGCCAAUGCGGUCUAAAAGGACAGGAACAGGAAGGAUGAUGUGUAGGAUAGUUUCCCUUCAGCAAG